UCCUCCCUCAAGGGCGGGGACAAGCGGGGCUCAAAAUGGCAGCCAGCCGCUACCGGCGUUUUCUUAAGCUCUGUGAGGAAUGGCCAGUGGACGAGACCAAACGGGGCCGGGACUUGGGCGCUUACCUGCGGCAGCGGGUAGCACAAGCGUUUCGGGAGGGAGAGAACACUCAGGUUGCAGAGCCUGAGGCCUGCGAUCAGAUGUAUGAGAGCUUAGCACGGCUCCAUUCGAACUAUUACAAACACAAGUACCCUCGCCCCAGAGACACGAGCUUCAGUGGGCUGUCCUUGGAAGAGUACAAGCUGAUCCUCUCCACAGACACCCUGGGCGAGUUCAAGGACAUGAACAAAGGCAUGUGGAAGAAACUACAGGAGAAGUUCACCGCCAGGAGUCCUGAGGAGAAGCCGAAGGCCUGGGCUCAGACCUUACCUCGCCCGCGAACCUAAGUGUUGAAUCUGUAUGUUGCGUAAUAAAUAAAACUGCCCUGACUCCCCC